CAUUCUAAAAAUAUAUUGAUUGAUGAUGGAAAGGUCUUAAUCAUAAACUUUGGAAUAUCAAGCCGAUUUAAUAAUACCACUGCUUCGAUUUCAGGUGUAGGUAAUAAUAUGGAUUAUUUAAACCUUUAUGAAAAAUGCUGGUCUUCUGAUCUGGAUGUGCGCCCAGCAAUGAAUGAAAUUUUAGCUAAGUUUAAGAAUUAUGAUGCAAACGAAGGCUCAAAUACGUUUAAUUCUUUUGAAGGAAGUGAAAUUUCAUCAACAAAUGAUAAAAAUAAUAACGACCAAGCAACAUUAUCAACUUUGAUUAGUUCAUCGCCUGAAAAUAAGAGAAUCAGGAUCGAAGCAUCAGACGAACAAUCAUGGUUUCAACAUGAUGAAAUUAACAUGCAGCAACUUUAUGAAAUUAACAUGCAGAAUGCACAAAAUGCAACUUCUCAUGCGACCAUCAGCUCACCACAUGCCAAACAAUCGCAUGUUUCAUCAUCAUCAAAUAUCAUCUCCGCUUCAAACGCAAAUGCUCUACGUGUUGAAAAUACUUUACAAUAUGCUUCUAAUAGUAUGCGCGUUCACCAUAAUAGAAUUGGUGCUGUUAAUCAAAUGAAAAUUAGUAAAUAUAAUCUUGUCUUCAUGGUGUUAAGGCAACAGUUCAAAUUAGACAUUUCGAUAGCUCUACACCAAUUAUUAGCAUCAUACCAAGAUUGUAGUUUUUAUCUUUCACAUAGAAUGAAUGAUGUUCUUGCCAAGCCAUUCAGCAAAUCGAUGUUUCUUAAGAUGUUAGAAAAUUACUGUUCACAUCUUGUCAUGCCAAAAUUUCAGAAUAUUCCAAGACCAUUUGGUGUCUCUGAUAUGUCAAAAUCAGCUUCUAAUAGUGAUAUAUUUUCUCACUCUUCAGAUAUAUCGGUUAUGAACAAUCUAGCUAAUACAUCUUCAGGUACUAGUUUUUUUAUACCUACUAUUAAUAUACCAAAUAUAUCAACAUCAACUCAAAGUGGACAGAUAUCUACAAUGAAUAUAGAAACAUCGAUAAUAACGUUUGCCAAUAUUACAGAGGAUAAUGAUAAUCCUCUACCACAAUUUGAUACUACCAACGAUCACAAG